AUGAAAUCCUUCUUAGAGGAUGUUGAUGGCGGCAACAAAGCACACACAAAAGUAGAGAAAGCGCGGGUCGCAAGCAUUCAAGACUUGGCCAGUGAUGUUGAACACAUCAUUGAUGAGUUUAUGUAUCACAUGUACAAGCAGCAAAGCAGCGGUCCAUUUGCAAGAUGGAUCAAAAAAACCAUUCACUUUCAGAAGAAGCUUUGGUAUAAGCGUCGAAUAGCCAACAAGUUACAAGAAAUCACUGUGGCGAUUAGAGCUAUUCCAGAGAGAAAUCAGAGAUAUGGUGGUGGUGCAACUGUAGAAGGAAAAAGUACUUCUGAAGAUAUUCGCAGGUGGGUGCAGAACCAAGCAGAGUCUUCUCUUUACCAUAUGAAUGAUGAACUCGUUGGGAUUGAAGGCGGUAAGAAAAUUUUAAUGGGAUGGCUGAUGAACAAAGAGCAACACCAAACUGUUGUCUCCGUGGUCGGGAUGGGAGGAUCAGGCAAAACAACUCUAGUUGCAAGGGCUUUCACCAACGACGCUCUGAAUAGCCAUUUCGAGUGUUAUGCUUGGAUUACUGUUACCCAAUCUUACGUGAUUGAAGACUUACUUAGAAGAUUGAUCAAAGAAUUCCACAAAUCAAGGAAAGAAGAGGUCCUUGCAGACAUAAAUGUCAUGAGCUAUAAUGAAUUGCUUGAGAUUUUGGUCAACUACUUGGAAACUAAGAGGUACCUAGUUGCAUUGGAUGAUGUGUGGGACAUACUUCUAUGGGAGAGAAUAAGGUUUUCAUUUCCAGAUAAACAACUUGGAAGUCUAGUCAUGCUUACAACUCGAAGAGUACACAUAGCAUCCUAUUCUUUUGGAGUUGAAAGCCAUGUUCACAAGAUCCCAUCACUGGGAAAGAGUGAUGCGUGGGAGCUCUUCAGCAUGAAAGCAUUCUCAAGUUAUCAUAACAAAUCUUGUUCACCUGAACAUCUGCCAUUAGCUUGGGAACUUGUGGAAAAGUGUGAAGGCCUACCUCUUGCAAUUGUAGCCUUAAGUGGCCUUUUGUCUUCUAAGAAGUCACUUACAGAGUGGAGCUGUUGGCCCGUUUUGAGUUUACUCAUGUUAUGGAAGGGCACAGUUCCCCAUUGCCUUGAAAACCAUUGA